AGUGGUGGGCUCCAUUAUGGAACCCUUUCCAGGAUGGGUCGAUAACUUUAACGGCCCAAUGGGUCUCUUGGUGGGCGGAGGAACAGGUUUAAUAAGGACUUUGUAUGCUGACACAAAGCUUGAGACGGAGUAUAUGCCCGUGGACAACAUAGUCAAACUUCUCAUUGUUGGUACUUGGAAUAAAGGGAUUUCACGAGAUGCAAACACUUUGUCAAUUCAACAAGGAAGCAAAUAUAACCAUCCUCAAUUUUACGUUGGUGCCUAUAUUGACAUAGGCCGAGAACUAUUGUGGGAAGAUCCAUUUGAAAAUAAAAUUUGGUAUCCGGAUGGCUCACUAACCACAAACUGGCUGUAUUAUUUUAUUAAUGUCCUUUUGUUUCAUAUGGUUCCCGCUUUCUUUUUGGAUAUUGGGCUGAAAAUGACUGGACAAAAACCUAGAUUAUUCAAAACACAAAGGAAAAUUUAUAUCGCUAAUAUGGCAGUAAAACACUUUUCCCUAAAUGAAUGGCAUUUUGUUAAUGACGAAGCAUGUAAAUUGUUGAAAAAAAUACCAUCGAAAGAAACGAAGGAUUUCAAUUUUGAUAUAAUGCCAGCUGAUUAUCAAAGCCUCAAAGAGUUUUACAGGCAGUGUUCAAUCUUUGUAAAAGUGAAUUUUCUCAAAGAAAACAGGAGUGUAACGAAAAGGAAUUCUAUUAUAACCAAAAUGAUGUAUGUGAUGCACAAAUCGAUAAAGACUACAUGUUACGUCAUUUUAAUUUGGAGUUUAUUUUUCAAAAUAAACAUUAUCGAGUUAAUAAAUAGAAAACUAUUGGGCUAUUGGAAUGGUCUAGAAUAGAAACAUUUGCAUUUAUUGAGUGAAUGUAAAUUGAGGAUCCACUACUUGCUACCACAGCCUUUGCUACUCUGUAUUUAAAAUAAAUAUGUAUGCACCCAGAUUUUUAUUAAAUUUUGAGCUUUGAGCUAA